UUUCCCGAUCCGUCACGAAGAGACUUUCUCUAGAAAGCCGUCGACAAUAUUUCUCGAGAGUGUUGGGCAAGACCGCCCUAGACCUUCGACGCGGCUGACAGAGGCUGCAAAGGGCUCAUCACGGCCUCCCCUUUUCUUUGUGUAAUAGUCGCGCCCGAAGAAGAGGGGGCGUGACGGUUGCAAAGCGUGCAACGGCGGCAGCGCUUCAACCGGGACUGAUUUAGAACUGGUGCGAGCGCUGUUGUGACGCCAUGAUUAUACCCGUGAGGUGCUUCACUUGUGGCAAAAUAGUCGGAAACAAAUGGGAGGCAUAUCUUGGCCUUUUACAAGCAGAAUACACAGAAGGUGAUGCCCUAGAUGCUCUGGGUCUGAAGAGAUACUGCUGUCGGCGAAUGCUGCUUGCCCACGUGGAUCUGAUUGAGAAGCUCCUGAAUUAUGCCCCUCUGGAGAAAUGAAUAGGAAUGUUUGAGACUACACACUGAAUUAACGUGCUACUAGAAAUCUUGGAGCGAAACUGGUGGGUUUUCAGAUGCAGACCAUGUCCAGGAAAUGAUUUCACUCUGGACACACUACUGUCCCAGCCACUAACCUCUUCAAAGAAAAUUACUGAAAGACUGAAUCUACUUACAUGCAGCUGGGGACUGUAGUUUUAAUUAAACCAGGGAUGAAAGUUCACCAGAAUCCUUUGGGGUUUUGCAAAAUAGUGAAUUUUUUAUUGUACUUUUGAGUUAUUGGCAGGAAUGUUAAUAAAGGUUGUUGGAGAAUGCUAGAUGCAUACUAACCUUUUAGAUUACUCAGCCCCUGGCAUCUACCAAAAUGAAGAAAAAAAUUAUUCUCAAGUAUUCAUCUGCAGAACUGUUGCAUGAGAUGAAGUUACCUUUAAGAAUUGAAAUCUUGUUGAGUGACAAGUUCCAUAGGGUUUGAUGUGAAAAACUAAUAAAAAAUGAAAGAUGAAUUUGACUUGCUUAGAAAAACACUACACUAAGGAAACAUUCUCAGAGCUGCCCAUCUGUAUUGCUAAGCCAGCCUCUUAAUUUCUCUUACAUUGUAAAACAGGCAGUCCAUUUUCCAGAGCUGGGUAGUAGGCUUCAGAAGAAAACCACUGGAAUUUAGAGCAACUGUGGGGCCUGCUUUUCCCCCUGUGUAUUUCCUAAAUAGCAUUACACUUAGGAAGAGAGAGGUUCAUUAGUUGCUUGUAGCUGGUGCCACAUAAUUCAGAACUGCAACAUUAGAAAGAGAUAAAAGUAUGUACAUACUUUCAAGCAAUACACCUCUUCAUCAACUGUUCAUCCUGAUUAAGAAUGCUAUGUCAUUCAGAGCCUUGCAUGUAUCUUACAAGAGGCAUUGCCACUGUUUAUUUGGGAUGUAAUCUCCAAUUAUCAGUGCAAGGAACAAUCAUUUUGUUAGACUAGAAAAUAAAUAGGUGUCUGUCAUUUCCAUGACCGAUAGGGAAAACAAGCUUAAUCAUCUGUGGAAAAAGAUCUCCUGAAACUUCUACCUUCCACAGAUUCUGGAACGGUAGCAAACUAGAAACAUUCUAGAAACCAGAAAGAAGGGUCAACCACAGAAAAGGUCCAUGAAUGGGCAUAGGCUGUUUGUGCCUCUGAGUGGAGCUGGUUUGCUGUGCCCCGCCAUACAAAUUCAUAUGGGGCAAAGAUGGUUCUAGGCCAAGAAAGACAAACGUUUUCUUAAUUUCAUAAAUAUUGCACGAAGCACUAUUUGGAAAGAUGCUGAGAUGUUGAACCGUUGCCCUAGAACAGAUUGGAUGUCUCCAAGCACGUACUUGUCAAGUGCAUGCAGCAAAAACAUACAGAAAUACUCCUGGUAAGUUCUCGGCUCUGUCACCCCUCCCCCUUUACAGAUCCAGUAUAACCCAUGCAAAUAUAUUGUGGAGAAAAUGCAAUGUUUGGAAGGAAAGGGGAAUUUAGUGACUGCAGAAGUGGCCUCCACUUGUUUUUGACACUGUUACGGUUAUGCCAAUAAAGGUUCUGUCUUGUCUUGUCUUGA